UCAGCAGGUCGCCCCGCGGCCCCGCUCCGGGGUGCUCCCUCCGGCCGCACCGGGCCCCGUGGCCCGCUGUCCGGCGGCGACAGCGGCACGGCGGGGAGGGACCCCACAGCCAGGGAAGCAGGGCUCCCGCCAGGACCGCCGAGAACACCCCGGGGAGCAGCCGGAGACCGAGGCCGAGGCCGCGGCCCGGAGCUGGAGGCUGCAGCCCUUGGCCCGGAACACCCGACCCUCCCGGGAGCGCGGAACCCCGCCGCUGAGGGCCCAGGAGGCCCUGCCGGGACCGGAAGCCAACAGCCGCACUUCCGGCGGGGGAGGGGUGCAGGGCGGAGGCGGGCCCGCGUCGCCCAAAGGCGUCACUUCCGGGCGCGGCGCGCCGUAACAGUGCGGUUGAGGAGACCCGGCCAUGGAAGGCAGGCCCCUGCUGACAUCCAAGCAGAGGACGGAGGUGGUGUGCGGGGUCCCCACGCAGGUGGUGUGCACCGCCUUCAGCAGCCACAUCCUGGUGGUGGUGACCCAGUUCGGGAAGAUGGGCACCCUGGUCUCCCUGGAACCCAGCGCCGUUGCCAGUGACGUCGGGAAGCCCGUGCUCACCACCAGAGUGCUUCUGGGGCAGGAUGAGCCUCUCACGCACGUCUUUGCGAAAAACCUGGUGACCUUCGUGUCUCAGGAAGCUGGAAACAGAGCGGUCCUGCUGGCCCUGGCCAUGAAGGACAGGAACGCAGAGGGGCUGAAGGCUGUGAAGGAGGUGAUCCAGGCGUGCCAGGUCUGGUGACCCCAGAGCCAGCAGCCGCGGAGACUGGACGCCCUGUCCACUUGGAGACCGUCUGUGGCUCAGGCAGGAGGAGGAGCUGUCUGGCUCUAGCCCUAGAAGCCAGCGGAGAUGCACACAUCUCAGGGGCGCUGACUUAUCCACGGAUGGAGGAGAGCUGCGGAGAGUGCCUGCCGGGGUGGUGGUGGUUCUUACCAGGGUCCAGAUCCUUGCAUGUAUUUGAGAAUUGAAAGAUGAGUCCUCAGGUGUGAAUCCCGGCACUCCAUGAGCAGUGUCCGUUGUUGGAGGAAAUGUUUGAUGUUAAGAAUAAACACCUGUCCCCGAAUACUUCACCUUCC